CUGUGUGUCUGGUUCCUUCCCUUUCUGCCUCCUCCCUUUCUUUCUGGCUCUGGACUUUCCCAGCUCCCCAAGUCAAUACUGAGACUCCAGAUGUGUCCAGAGACAUCCUGAGGAGGUUGAGGGGCUGAGGAGCUUUAAGGCAUCUACAAGAAGAUUCCUGAAGCCAACUCAGAGCCAGCGAAUUUGCCUGCUGUUUGAGCGUUCUCUGAUUGUUCCCACACCUCAAUCCCUGUUGCUAUGGAGACCACCAAUGGGACUGAGACCUGGUAUGAGAGCUUGCACGCUGUGCUGAAGGCUCUAAAUGCCACUCUUCACGGCAAAUUGCUCUGCAGGCCAGGGCCAGGACCAGACAACUGGACUGAGGAGCACCGGGCCAGCCUACCCGGCCGUGAUGACAACUCCUACAUGUACGUUCUCUUUGUCAUGUUCCUAUUUGCUGUCACUGUGGGCAGCCUCAUCCUGGGAUACACUCGCUCCCACAAAGUGGACAAGCGUAGUGACCCCUAUCACGUAUACAUCAAGAACCGUGUGUCUAUGCUGUAACACGAGGCAGAAGAUCAAGACACCUGAGGAUUGUCUUCCAGGGCCUCCAAAACUCAGCUAUGGACCACAUCAGGCUUCAGUGUCCCUGUCUGUAAGAUCAAAAAGAAACAGAGCUAAGAGAGGUCAUCAUUGUGGUGGGAGGAGAGGGGCUGGCAGAUCUGGGCCUUGUGGAUAAGAAUUUUUUCCAGGCAAAGAUAUACUUUAUAAACAGUGGGAGCCCAUGAACAAACAUAUAGAAGAAGCAAAAAAUAAUGACCAAUGACCAAGGAUAGUGACCAAUGAAUGUGAUGGUCAAGAAGAAGAGAGGAAAGUGGCUGGAGGAUUGAGGCCCUGGGGGUUAGAGGAAGGAGAAGAGGAAGUUGAAUCACAGGGAAAUGAAACAGGAAGAUGCCCUGGGGAUACAUUUUUAAAAUAGCUUCAACAACCAUGAGAAGGAAAUCACAGGAAAUCUGAGUGAUAUUACUUAUUUUUUUGUUCACAUUUUAUGUUUUUCAACACAUUUAACAUUUUGAUUUCACACCCUCCCCCCCCCAUGAGGAAAGCAGAGCAUGUGCCCUGCUGGCCAUCUGGGCCACAGCAGUGACAUGAUUGGAACCCAGAAACUCUGGUCACCUUGCCUAGUGCUUUUCAAAACCCUGUGCCACACAGGAGUUGAUCCAGGCCUGAAGCUUAUACAAUUCUGAGCACUCUCUUUAAGAAAAAGAGUUAAAAAACAUCUGACUUUUGCAGAUAUUACAAAAAUAUACCACUCAGUUAA